UUCAGUGCGUUACAUGACAGCCAGUGACGCAACUUAAUUAGUUGGUCGUUUCAGUUGGAACAUAUUCAAAUUUGGUUUAUGGAAAUGGCCUUCAAUGGAAUGGAUCUCACGGAUUCCCACCAUUCAUUCAAUAUGGGUUAGAGUGUAAUACAGUAGUUUGUUAAAAAAGUAACUGUUUGCUGUGAGUUGCUGAAGUUAUUUCAUAAAUCCCAAUACAAAUGACGUGAAUAAAGCUGUGAUAAUGUCUGGACACGCUGUAGUUGUUUGGGAAUAUGAGCAUAGGACUGGCUAUUGGAAACCAUACAGUCCUCCUGUAACCCAACACCUUGAAAGAGCUAAUGUAAAGCAGCUUACAAGAGUUCUGCUCUCGGAUGCAGACCCAAAUUUAUUAAAUUAUUAUGUCAACCUAAGGACUUUAACUCAAGAGAAUGAAGAUACUGAUCAAGUUAUUAGAGUGCGCAGGAAGUGCUAUCCACAGAGUUCCCCAGCUGGUAAAGGGGCAAAAUGGGAAGUGGCCAGUAUUGAGCAUAAUAUGAAUGAAUGGCAUUCAUUUGAUAUGGACAUACAAUGUCUCAUUGAAGAAGCCUGGGCUAGGGGUGACCAAACUAUUGAUAUGAGUAAAACUAAAUUGGGCUUCCCUUACAUCAUUAAUUUUAAUAAUCUCACACAAAAAUGGUUAACCAAUGGAUAUAUAAGGAAAGUUAGGAGGAUGAAGCAAGCUCCAUACCCUUUAAUUAAAGUCCAUUUAGAAGAAAUACCAACUGUUACAGGGCGCCGCAGCUCCGAAAUCAGGAAAUCGGUGAAGGCGUCGACGACGUCGAAGAACAACAACAACAAUACUAGUCCAGUCAGCGAAAACACGAAGGCAAAGCCGACAAGCAAAAAGAAAUCGAGCAGCAAAACGAAGAACGGUAGUGAUAACAACAAUACAAGCACAGUAAAUUUAGCUAGGACAAUUUUACACAAUUUAAAUAUAUUUGGUCACAAGUCGAGCAAUAGUACGCCGGCACAGCAGAAUAUCAACAAGUCUAGCAAGAAUUCCGUUUUGGAUGUGGACAGUAGUAGUAUUAAAUCAGGGAGGAGGCCCAGUCUGGAUACAGUUUCGACGUAUUUGAGUCAAGAAAGUCGAGAGAGUCAAGCAACUUCUUCCACUGCUGAUCUUCUCAAUUGCAGCGGGGACAGCAGCGAUGCCUUGGAUUCACCAGCCAUUGUCGGAGUCGAUGCUGCAAGUUCGAUAAUUUCCAAAUACGUUAGAGUCUCACAGCCUACGGAAUGGGCUCCAAGACAACCAUGUCCAUCAUGUCGAGCAGUUCUAAAAUCCACAGCCAUAGUAGUUGCAUUACCAUGCAAUCAUGUAAUCCAUUUAGAUUGCUUGAAUUACUCGUUGACCGAGCAAAUGAAUCAACGCACUCACAUGCACAUACAAUGCGGCGUUUGCGGAUGCGUUUACGGUGAGAAGCAUGGAAACCAACCUCCAGGUUCGAUGGAAUGGUGUUUACUGGAACGAGGCCUUCCCGGCUAUUCGAACUUUAGGACCAUACAAAUAGUUUACAACAUUCAAUCGGGUAUUCAAGGAGACGAGCAUCCAAAUCCCGGAUGCGAUUUCUACGCCGUAGGCUUUCCUCGCACCGCUUAUCUUCCUGAUUGUCCUCAGGGACGUAAACUAUUACAAUUGUUGCACGUUGCCUGGAAGAGACGACUGAUUUUCACGGUGUCGAGAUCGCACACGACCGGUUGCGAAGACGUCGUGGCUUGGAACAUUCCGCACAAAACCGAAAUCGGGCCCAGCAAGAGCGGACACGGAUACCCCGACGCCGGUUACAUAAGCAGCUGCUUCCGAGAGCUCGAAGCUCUCGGCAUCACCGAAGAUGAUUUCGACGGGGACCUAAGUUUUAAUAAGCGAUGAGUAGCUUUAGUUUUUUUUUUAUAUUAUUUAUAUUUAACGAGUGUUUUGUGAUUCUUUUAUAAAUUGGCACCAACGUAGAUGAAAUCUACGGACUUCGGAAU